AUGUAUGUGAAAUGCUUUGAUACAGUAAUGUUUUACUAUGUUAUUUUAGUGAAUUUAGUGAAUGUCACUUUUUGUAAUUUUCUCGCCGGUUCGUCCCCAUACGUCCCGACAUCGCAAGGGACAGAACCCAGAAGACAGAUGCCGGAAUCUCCCGGAGGACAUUACAGGGGACACUGCAGGAGGGACAUCGCAAGAGUACAGGACAAGGUAAGAGAAGAACAGAUCCCGGAGCAGCUCCGCAUGGUAAGCCCGAGUGUAGCUCAGGGUUACCGCUUGUGCUACACUUGGGAAUACCGCCAGGGAGGU